AGAUCAUGAUGAGAUUAUAUUCUGAAGAUCAAGAGAGUUUUCAGCCACCCCCGCCCCCGAACGACCCUGGGAAAAUCGAGCUCCAAAUGAAUGGACACGCCCCUCGGAAAAUAGUCACGUGACUUAAUCACGUGAUUAAUCACAUGCCUUUAUUGCGGUCACGUCGUUAACGUUAACGGUUCAGCUGCUGAUCAUGCAAUUAAUAAGAGCCUGAAGAGGAAGUGCAGUGGCCAGUGCAGUGCAGUGGUACUGGUGGGACAGCGCGGCAGGCAUCUUUCUUUCUCCUGGUCCUGUUUUUCGUUCGUGGAUAAGAUGUACUUAAACCAUUUGGAGGUGAUAUGCAUUAUCCUGGUGGCAAGUAUAUCUUGCCUCCAUGGAUCUCCUGUUAAACCAAUCUUCAAGGAUCAUUACCAUGCUUCAGGAUAUGUCAGACUGCCUUAUGCUGAACUCAAUGAACCAUUUGAGAUAUUCUUUCAGGGAGCUAAGCACAGGAGCAGGAUUGACUUCUACAAUGGCAUGGACAAGAUCUAUAACCGGGGUGAUGAGGGGAAUUAUGGGAAUGUCUACAAGAUAUCUCCUGCUACCCUAAAAGAUGUCCGUACUCUUGAGAGUUGUUUUCUGAUCCCCGGUGAGAAGGGUGGUUCAGUAAUGCCUCAGGGUAUGCUACCUAAUCUAACUUACUUCACAUACUUGUCCAGCGGUAUGAGAAAUGGGCGGAGCGUAGAUCUAUGGCAGAACAAAACCACAAUAACCUACAAUAACCGCUCUCGCACCAGCACAUACACAUUCGCCGUUACAACCACCACACCUCCACGGCCCGUUCAGUACAUCAUGAUGGGAUUUGAUAGUCUGCUCGGCUCACAUUACGAUGAAUAUAUCAUCGAUUUUGAUUUCUUUGAUGAAAACACUGAGAUCUCAGAAGACACGUUCACCAUCCCUAAAAAUUUGACGUGUAAGGGAUUCCCAGGGCCGGGUAUUGAGCAUAAGAUCAAAGGUAACCCUAUGAAAGAGAUGGUUAAUCCUGAACUAGGAGAUCGAUAUCAUCAACUCUUUGAUGAAUUCAAGCAGAAGUAUGGCAAGACAUACAAGUCUGAUGUGGAGCAUGUUGAACGCAAGAGUCACUUCACUAAGAAUGUGAGAAUGAUCCAUUCCAUCAAUCGAGCCAACCUGGGAUACGUUCUUGCCAUAAACCAUCUAGCCGACCAAUCACAUUAUGAGUUGAAGAGAAUGAAAGGUCGUCUCCGACAAACCCAGCCUAACAAUGGCUUCCCUUACACUGGUUCGGACAUCCCCGAUGAUGCUGUACCAGAUCAUAUUGAUUGGAAUGUGAGAGGAGCUGUGAGUCCAGUAAAGGAUCAGGCGGUGUGUGGAUCAUGCUGGAGUUUUGGAUCGGCUGAAACUAUAGAGGGGGCUGUUUUCAUGAAGUACGGUGAGCGAGUACGGCUCUCGCAGCAGAUGUUAAUGGAUUGUACAUGGGCAGUAGGGAACAAUGGAUGUGAUGGUGGUGAGGAAUGGAGGGUUUAUGAAUGGCUUAUGAAGAACGGAGGUAUUCCAUUGGAAGAGACCUAUGGACAUUACCUAGGACAGAAUGGUAGAUGCCACUAUGACAAGUCUAUGGCCAAGGCUAGCAUCAAGAAAUACUUCAAUGUCACAUCUGGUGAUCAGAAAGCUCUGAAGAAAGCUUUGGCAACCAAAGGACCUAUUGCAGUCGGCAUUGAUGCUGCCCUUCCCUCAUUCAGUUUCUACUCGUAUGGCACAUAUUAUGAUAAUGCAUGUGGCAAUACUACUGAUGAUCUAGACCACGCUGUUCUGGCCGUUGGCUACGGGACUGACAGUAACGGUCAGGAUUACUGGUUGAUCAAGAACUCCUGGUCUACCCAUUGGGGAAACAACGGCUAUGUCACCAUCAGCAUGAAAGAUAACAAUUGUGGUGUUGCGACAGCCGCUACGUAUGUAGAACUAGAAUAAAUCGAUGGUUGCCAUGGCAAUCCGACAUUGGCCCCUGCUUCAUCUGCUCCUCUUUAGAUGUCUCAGAAGACAUAACAUAAGGGUUAGUGCUGUGGUGGGUUUCAUGUUCAGAAUAAUGGUUGUGAUUAAAGUUAUAUACAGAUUUUACAUUGGAGCAGUUAUCACCAUAGUUAGUGGCAUGGAUUAGGUUACCACCAAUAUAUACCCCCCUCUACUGACCGCACAGAAACAUUGUUUACGCUAACAAUGUGCUAACAGAGGCCCUGUUACAAUCGGUAAUGUGGCAGCGAUGCCUAAUGUUACAACAAUGCAUUACUCACACAUUGAAAUGUUUUGACCUCACAAUUCAAAAGAUGUGGCUGGGCUUAUUGUUAGCACUAUGUUAGGCUUACAACGUUUCUGUGUGGCUGGCACGGAUGAAUAGCAUUUCUUUAUGGAUCAACUCCAGUGAUCCGUCUACAAUGUUAAAGUUAAAUCCCUCAAUCAAUAAUAUGUAAACAUAUUUUUGCGUAUUUACUCAAUAGCUCUGUUACAACUGUGAAAACAUGUUGAAUAGAGUAAUUUGGAAUCUGUAUAUUUACCAUAUGAUAUCCUACAUGUAUCACAAAUGAGUCAUUUGAUAAUGUCAUAUGAUAGGGAUAAGGUACGUUGAAAGCUUUCAUCUUUAUGCUUCAAAAUCUGUUCAUAUAUUACGAUUGUAUAAUUGUAUAUAAGUAUCAAAGAAUGCUCAAAGAGUUGAAUUUCAACAUUGUUUCCUUGUGAUCCUUCUUCAAACACAUGCAAUCAAAUAUUCAGUAUGUUGGUCAAUGUACACCAAGCAAAAUUAAAUUAUGGUUUUACUAGAGAAAGAGGCUCUUACUUUAUACAAGCUUUUGAACAUGAUGAUCGUGUUCAAAAGAUAAUGAAUUGCUAGAAACAGAUUUAUGUAAAACAUUUUUUUUUUAUUCAGCAAUGUACUUAUGAAUAAUUAUUCUAUGUCUUCAUGUCUGGGAAGAAAAUCUUGUAAUCCUUGUCUCACCUGGCAUAACAUAUUUUCCCAGUUCAUGAGAUUGCCAAUAAACUUGUCACACAGUACUUCAUUGAUUGAUUGAAUUAAAAAAUAACUCACAUCAUCCAAUACUAGGCUGCUUUUCAGCAAGACUGCUUUUCAGCAAGACUUAUUUAUGAAACCUAUUUUCCCUGCUGAAUUUCCCUUUGAUUGAACCCACAUGUAUGAAUAUUUGGAAAAGUAGUGUUUAAAAUCUUGAUAUAUCUUGGGAUGUGUAAUUGGAAUAAAGUCCAUAUUGUCAUAUAAUCUUUUAUUUUUAUCUGAAAUAAAAACUUGUUUAUACUUUUCAUGAAAUCUCUUUAUUAUCAUGUAUUAAUCAUGUAUGAAAAAGGACCUCCAUGGGAUUAAUUACAGAUCUUUGUUAUUUUUGUGUUCUAGUUAUUGUAUAGAUUGUUCAUGCUUUGGAAAAGAAUCUUCCAAUUAUUGUUGGUGUGUAAGUUUGUGAUCGUCUCCUUUUAUUUCAACAAGUAUCAUUCAAUGAUAAUAAAUCUCUCUUUUUUUUUCUUUUUCUUUUUGGUAUUUGAUCUGUAAACCUGUCAAGCAAAGAGUGAUGCAUUUUUCCAGGUAUAGUUGCUGUUAUAAUGAAAUUUAUAUAUAUUUGCGGAAAUUUCCUGUAUGCAAAAAUCAGUGUGAAUCAAUGCAGUUCUGAUGUGUUUUCUGUUGAAUAUGUUAUAGUAUUGCAGCUAUUGAUUAUUGUCUUAAGAAUUAUAUUGUUUAUACUUAAUUAAGAGGUGAAACCUCAAAUAUAGUCGAGCUGAUGAUUUUUUAUUAAUCAUCAUUACAAAAUUAUGUGGUGAUUUAGAUUAUUUCAGAUUUUGUUAAAGAUUUUCUUUAGUUGUUUAAGAAGCACGUAACUAAAUGCAUGGUUUUGUGAUAAAACUGAAUUCCAGGUGUAAAAAGAUCUUAAUACAUUAAACCAUUUUCCAACCAUAAAUUUCUGUACAUUAUAUUUGAUGAGCAACUUUUUUUCUAGAAAAGUGGUAGACGUGCUUAAAAUUUAAUAGUUAGCAUAUUGUUUUGAUGUUUAAGAAACCUGUAUGUAAACUUCUUUAAUUCAAAGACUAAUGGUUAUAUUAUGACUGGGAUUAAAAUGCAUUUUAUAAAUAAUCAAGAUUUAUUUUAUCAUACUAUUUUCAUGAAAAAAUGAAUAAUGGCAAUAAAUAAUUCUUAAAAGCA